UAAGUGGGGGAAUGCUGCGGGUGCAACAAAAACAAUGUAAACAAAUCUUUGAAAACACCAGUCUACUGUAAAUUGUUAAAUUAUUGUCUAAUUUGUUUAUAUUUUUCAGACGUAUAGUCACAGUUUGUCUUUUAGCAUUAUGUACUUUUAACGGUUGUUGAAACGAGUAGCCGUUGACGCGUCAGCUCUCCGUUUGAAAAUGGUAUAUCAUAUUCCCUGGAUCUACACACCAGUGCGGACUGUCUUAGCAAUCUGGCACCAGCUGACCAAGACCGAGAUCCCGGAGUUGGCCAAGUGCUCAGUGCUGAUGAGGGAGCGCAGCCGAGUGGAGGAGACGAUCCACGCCAUGCAGCGAGCAGGCGCCUGCAACCUGCAGGUAAUCUCCGACUUCGAUAUGACACUGACCAAAUUCGCCCACAACGGCAAGAGAGUGCCCACCACGCACAAUAUCCUUGACACCCGGUUGUUGAUCAAUGAAGACUGUACUAAAAAGAUGAGGGAGUUGUUGAACACCUACUAUCCCAUAGAGAUUGACCCUGGCAGGAGUGCUGAAGAGAAGCUGCCUCUAAUGGUGGAGUGGUGGACUAAAGUCCACGAGUUGCUGAUUCAGCAGAGGAUCAGGAAGGACAUGCUGGCCCAGGCUGUGAAGGAAUCCAGUGCUAUGCUCAGGGACGGUUACAAAGUGUUUUUUGACCAUCUGGAGGAGCAACAGGUGCCUCUGUUGAUCUUCUCGGCUGGUGUUGGAGACGUCCUGGAGGAGGUGAUUCAACAGAAUCGCGUCUUCCAUCCCAACAUCCGCAUCAUCUCAAACUACAUGGACUUCGACCAGACUGGGGUCCUGCAAGCCUUCAAAGGCCAACUGAUCCACACCUUCAACAAGAGGGAAGGUGCUCUGUCACACGCAGCUGGCCUCAGAGAGCUGCAGGGUCGACCCAACGUGCUGCUGCUGGGGGACUCUUUAGGAGACCUGACCAUGGCCGACGGGGUGGCGGAGCACCAGAACAUCCUCACCAUCGGCUUCCUCAACGACCAGGUUGAAGAGAGAAAAGAGUUGUACAUCAACUCCUUUGACAUCGUACUGGUGAAGGACGAGACGAUGGACGUUCCGAACGCCGUCCUCAGAUACAUUACCUCAUCGAGAGACAACAAGUAAGACGCACAGGGAGGAGCCGCACACUUUAUGACCACAUACACACAGAUGGACUCCGUUCACCACUUACCUCAAACCACUGGACUCUUUACUCUGAAGUCUUUUUAUUUUGACACUGUUCUGACCUGUAUUCGCUGCAUAUCAAAGCUUUGAAAGAUCUAAAUUAGGUCAUGCAUUUGCAAUUCAGAAGAAUUUGUGAUUUAUGCCAGGAACUUAACAGACUUUUCGAGGGCUUGGCUUUGAGUAUAACUCUGUUCUCCCUGUUGUUUAAUGAACCGUAGCACAAGAAUAACAAUGUUCCACCUCAACAGAACUCAGUUAAGUGAGAUUUUUGUUUAAAAUGCAUAAAGUAUGUAUCAGCAGCACUCCCUCUGAAAACAAUUCAGCAACCUCUUAAAAGUGUCAGUACAAACUAUGACAGUGUAUUUGUAAUUUUCUGUCCUCUUCCCCUUUUUAGAACAAAAACUGUUCACAUUUUUAGUAUUUUUACUUGCAAAAUGUUACUUUAUUUACAGUAUGAGGAUGGGCUGAUGCUGAAACUCUUUUAUCUGCAGUCUUCUACUUGACACUGGUGUGUUUCGUGGGUACUGUAUAUUACCUCUGUGUACGCUGCCAGUACUUGAUGCUCAUGUCGAGUUUACUUGCAGGGUACAGUUUACAGUCUUUAAGCUAUACUAGUUAAGUGAGUUAUUCUUCUUUUUUUUAAACCUGAAGACUAAACAGUGAAGACAAACACGUUAUGGCAGUAUUCCCAAGAAGGGAAUAUACAAUCUGGAAUAAGUAUUUUGUCUUUCAACUGAAACACUGUGGCUGCUAUAAAUUAGGAUUUAACAAUAAGCUGGUUACACUUAUAUAUAGGUGUGUUAGAAGAAAAGAUGUGGCCUAACUAACUUGUAAUGUGUAGUCCACAUUUGUUAAAACUGGUAUUUUAUUUAUCAUAAAUCAUUAAAUUCUAUUAGAGAUGCAUCAAUGUUAAUAAUACCUAUAUUCUAAGUUGAUACCAGUAUCCAAUAGUUUUUGUGUUUUUUUAAAGCUUUUUAAAAGUUAUUUUAUUAAAGAGCUUCUUGUGCAACAUUUCUACAUUACAAAGUCACUUUUGUGUGAUCACCAUCAUAAAA